AUUAUGACAGCAUGUGUGCUUUGUGAUGGAGUACUCCCCCGGGGGAGACCUCAUGACCUACUAGCAUUGCAAUUCCAGUCUGUAAGGCAACAAAAUAUGCAAAUAUUGCAAGUGUUGUGUAUACUAUCUACAGGCACUUUAAACAUGUACCAGUUCUAUGCCUCGUGCGUGCUGCUGGGACUAGAGUUUCUGCACCAGAACAAGAUACCUUACUUACCGGGAUCUGAAGCUAGACAGCCUGUUGAUGGAAGCAGAUGGCUAUGUGAGGAUAGCAGACUUUGGAUUGUGCAAGAAAGGUAUGGGUUACGGAGAUCGCACCGCCACAUUCUGUGGCACACCAGAGUUCCUGGCCCCGGAGGUGCUGACGGACAACUACUACACCCGCUGUGUGGACUGGUGGGGCCUGGGUGUCCUCAUCUACGAGAUGCUGGUGGGAGAGUCUCCCUUCCCUGGUGACGAUGAGGUGUUUGACAGCAUAGUAAAUGAUGAAGUGCGCUAUCCGAGGUUCCUCUCCCCAGAGUCUCCAUCAUCCAAAAGCUACUACUGAAAAACCCAGAAAGGAGGCUGGGAUCAGGAGAGCCGUGCCCAACGAGGUCAAGAAACACAGGUACUUCCAGGUAAAAACUGGCCUCAUUUGUGGCCUGUGGGUCAUUUUCAUUUCAGUUGAGCAGCACCAAGAUUGUUGUUGUAGCGCCUUUGCCAACUUUCCUACAAUGUUGAAACGAAGGCAAUCAUCCAAUGAAAUGUAUAAUAAUUUGAUGUAUACUUUUGUUCAUCCCAGAGACUGGAAGGCUUUGCUUCACAAAAAAAGUGGUUCCCCCGUUCCCCCGUUCUUCCCACAGAUCAGUAACUCUCCCCCCCACCCCCACAGACACCCUCCUUCCUCACUGCCGACCAACAGGAGAUCUCUGUCGACUGACUUCUCCUCGCUGCCCUGACCUUAAACAUACACAUGUAUACAAUGACGGCCAGGACUAAAAUCCAAAAUGGUUGCUGCUCCACUGAAGCUGGUUCCUUUACUUCACUGUGGCAAACAGCUACCUGUGGCUGAAUAAGUACUGACCAGAUAGGCCACUGUGUUCUCUUGGGCUUGUCAUCUCUCCUCAGGGCCAUUAAUGUUCUGUGGGUGAUGAUGAGCACUCCACCUGAACCUCUACAGCCUAUCAGAACUCGGCCUGCCGAUGAGACCCCAGUCAGUUACACUGAGCUGUAGAGAGGGGACUCCUCAUCCAUGGGAGUGUCAGCCACUCUGAAAACGGUCUUCUGUUUCUCUCUGCCUUGUUCAGAUCUAUUUGUCAGUGUCUAUAUUUGAAUGUUGGUGGUCAAUAUUGACUAAUCUAGUUUUGCCUUGUUUUUGUCAACUCUAUAUUGCCGACAUGCCACUGUUUUGUUACUGUGACAACACGAAUUGUCAUUUGCUGCACUUUCUUAUUCAUUUGUGAAACUAAGAGUGCUUUGUGGUGUGGGGGCUGUGCUUUGGCAAAGUGGGUGGGGUUAUAUCCUUCCUGUUUGGCCCUGUCCGGGGGUGUCCUCGGAUGGGGCCACAGUGUCUCCUGACCCCUCCUGUCUCAGCCUCCAGUAUUUAUGCUGCAGUAGUUUGUGUCGGGGGGCUGGGGUCAGUUUGUUAUAUCUGGAGUACUUCUCCUGUCCUAUUCGGUGUCCUGUGUGAAUCUAAGUGUGCGUUCUCUAAUUCUCUCCUUCUCUCUUUCUUUCUCUCUCGCGGAGGACCUGAGCCCUAGGACCAUGCCCCAGGACUACCUGACAUGAUGACUCCUUGCUGUCCCCAGUCCACCUGGCCAUGCUGCUGCUCCAGUUUCAACUUCCACCUGACUGUGCUGCUGCUCCAGUUUCAACUGUUCUGCCUUAUUAUUAUUCGACCAUGCUGGUCAUUUAUGAACAUUUGAACAUCUUGGCCAUGUUCUGUUAUAAUCUCCACCCGGCACAGCCAGAAGAGGACUGGCCACCCCACAUAGCCUGGUUCCUCUCUAGGUUUCUUCCUAGGUAUUGGCCUUUCUAGGGAGUUUUUCCUAGCCACCGUGCUUCUACACCUGCAUUGCUUGCUGUUUGGGGUUUUAGGCUGGGUUUCUGUACAGCACUUUGAGAUAUCAGCUGAUGUACGAAGGGCUAUAUAAAUAAAUUUGAUUUGUUUCAAACAUUGGCACCAGUGCAAUAAUGAGCUUUUAAAUGAGUUCUAAUCCAAAGGAUAUUGGACAGACCAGCGCUUCAUAACACUACACUUCCAAUCAUAAGAACCUUUACUGUAAAUGAUGUUUUUACAUGUAUUGUAACCCUAUUACGGUCUUGGCUCUAUCCAAUUACUAACACAGAUUAUAGCUUCUGAUGUCUGUAUAUUUAGCCUGGGAAUCCAAAUUGAAUCGCUGUACACUGGCCUAGGAAUACAGGAAUGUCAUCUUCAUGGAGGAAACAGUCCCUGAAGAUUUAAAACCCUUUGAUGUGCAUUGUGCUGCUGUGUAAUCAACGUAUUCCAUGGGUCCAUCUUGGGCUGCUUUGGGCCAUUGAAACACCUUUUCUAAAAGACAAAAAAUUGUAAGUUAAGAAUUAUACAGUUUAAGUAUUCCUAGGGAGUCAUUUUCAUUCCAUUCCAGUCAUGAAUAUGAAUGCUUUGCUACUAAAAUAAAUAUGCUGUGCAAUACAAUGGGGAAAAAAUA